AUGUGGGUUCUUAUGUCGCUCCUACUCGUAAGUGUCGCCCGAGCAGCCAUCCCUAAUGCCAUGCUUCGGGGCAUGCCUUCUGUCCCCAAGCUUUCGGUGCCGGAACGGUCUCUCAUUUCGCCGAAUGGCACAGCACUCCCACCUAUUACGACCGUCUAUCACUUCGACCAACUCAUAGAUCACAAUGACGCAAGCCUUGGAACAUUCCAGCAGCGGUACUGGAUGAACUGGGAGUUUUAUGAGCCUGGUGGCCCCAUCAUCUUGAUGACACCUGGAGAAGGCGACGCAGAUGGUUACGAAGCCUACACUACCAAUCACACCAUCAGUGGUCUCAUCGCUCAACAACAGAAAGGUGCAGCCAUCGUCAUCGAACACCGUUUCUUUGGAUAUUCCAAUCCAUACAACAACCUCACGUCGCAAUCUCUCGCACUUCUCACCAUCCAGCAGGCCAUCGAUGAUCUCGUGAAUUUCGCCACCACAGCCGACCUUCCCAUGCCUGGGGGUGAUGCUGUGAAGCCAGGUCAGGCGCCGUGGAUACUGAUCGGAGGCAGCUACUCGGGAGCUCUCACGAGUUGGACAAUGGUCAACAAACCGGGAAUUUUUUGGGCUGGAUAUUCAUCUUCAGGUGUCGUAGAGGCAAUCAAUGAUUAUUAUGACUAUUUCACCCCAAUUCAGGAGCACAUGCCACAGAACUGUUCCUCUGAUGUAGAGGCAGUAAUUGCCUAUCUGGAUGACAUGUACGCGGCUAAUGACACUGCUGGAAUCCAGACGCUCAAGGAGGCGUUUGGCCUCGGCGAUGUUAUACACAUAGGAGAUUUCGCUACCGCACUUCAAGAUAACCUGUUCGAUUGGCAAUCUCUCCAGCCUGAUGUCGGCCCAGGAGCAAUGUUCUUCGAGUUCUGUGAUGCACUCGAGGUUAAGGACGGUGUCAAUGCUGGACCUGAGGGAUGGGGGCUUGAUAAUGCUAUCAACUCUUGGGGCAACUUCUGGAACACCACAUACUACAACCAUGUCUGCGGAUACGAGGAUGCUGAAACCUGUCUCGGGACGUAUAACACGAGUCAGUCCUACUGGACCAAUGUUACUGUGAAUAAUGCAAACAGGUCGUGGUUCUGGAUGGUGUGCAACCAAGUCGGAUGGUACCAGGUUGGCCCUCCUGAAUGCCAGCCUGCCAUCGUGAGCCGCAUCCUCCAACCCAUUUACGAGCAGCGUCAAUGUGUCAACAUGUUCCCUGAAGCCUUCGCCUACCCACCUCAGCCUACCACGGCAGAGACAAACGAUAUGUACGCUGGUUGGGACGUGGAUAUCCCGCGUCUCUUCUUCGCCAACGGCCUGCGUGACCCUUGGCGCGAGGCAACUGUCUCUGCCGAUGGGCUGAAUAAGCCUAACACUACCAGCAGGCCGAUCUAUGAGGGUGAUGGAUUCCACUGCACGGACUUGGUUAUACAGAAUGGCAUCGUAGACGCGACAGUAGCCGCCGUACAGGAAGCAGGAUUAAUGUACAUGAAGGAGUGGCUUGCUGAGUGGAAACCUUCUGCUUGAUGACUUGCUAUAUAGAUAGACGAGUUGUCUAAUAAUACCUAACUUAUCAGGC